AUGAUGGAAGUAGAUAACGACGAAGAUUCAUUACAAAGCAAGAUUAUAGAUACAUUGAAUAAAGUCAUUCAACAAGAAGGUUUGACUAUCAACUAUAGAUACAUUUCAAAUCAAUUUAAAUUACAUCCAAAUAUUGCUAAAGAAAUAUUAUAUUAUUAUUAUGAAAAUAAUAAAGAUAAAGUUACACCGAUCUAUUUGAUAUCAGGUGAAUUGGUGAAUGUUAGUAGUAAUACAGACAAUGUAGCGACACCUGAUAGAUGUGUACGUACAUUAUCUAUUGUAUUGGUACCAGCUGAUCGAUUGGAAGAAUCAAGAAAACAAUUUAAAAAGGUUACUAGUGAACAUGUAUAUAGUUUAUCAAAGGGUGAGUCUAGCUUGCCCAAAGAUCCAAUCUACACAAUCACUCAAACCGUCGAACAAAUGAGAUCUCAAUACAAAGUAGUCAAAGAAUUGGAUAAUCAUUAUUUUAACAAGGACAUACCAAUUCAAUCACCAUCAAUUAAAAAGAGGGAAUUAAAGAGACCUGUUUUAAUUCCACAACAACCUCCACAACAACAACAACAACAGCCAAAACCAACAGUAGUUCCAUCAUCUUCUACAACUACAACUACAACUACUACUACUAGUGCUCCAGUUGCUGCUGCUACUACUUCUACUACUCCAGUUACAACAAAACCAAAUUCUAAACCAUCAGCUAAAUCUGCAGCCAAACCAGCAGCAGCUGCAGCAGCCAAGGGAUUCGCAAACUUUUUCAAACCAACUCAAAAUGAUGAGGGUGGAAAGGUUGAUUUGUUUGCAAAGUAUGAUCAAAAGUUAAAGGAUGAUGUUGUUCAUGUUAAACCGUCAUCGGUAGCUGCACCUUCUAAAAAGGCAGCUGCCACCAAGAAAUCUGCUCCACAACAAAUAUCAAAGGCAUUUGUACCAGUCAAUCAAAAGAAAAAGAAAUCACAUAGUGAUGAUGAUGACAGUGGCAGUGACAGUGACUCUGGUAGUAACGAUCCAUUUGCAAGUGAAGAUGAAGAAGAAGAACAAGUAUUUGUAAAGAGAAAAAAGAAUAUUUUGGAUAGUGAAGAUGAAAUGGAAAUUGAAAAUUCACAAUCUCAAGAACAAGAAAGAUUAGAAAAAGAAAGAUUAGAAAAGGAAAAGGAGACAUUGGAAAAAGAAAGAUUAGAAAAGGAGAAAAAGGAAAAGGAAGAAAAGGAAAGAUUGGCAAAAGAGAAAAAGGAAAAAGAGGAAAAAGAAAGAUUGGAAAAGGAAAAGAAACAAAAAGAAAAAGAGGAAAAAGAAAGAUUGGAAAAAGAGAAAAAGGAAAAGGAAAAAAAAGAAAAAGAGGAAAAGGAGAGAUUAGAAAAGGAGAAAAAGGAAAAGGAAAGAUUGGAAAAGGAAAAGGAGGAAAAGGAAAGAUUGGCAAAAGGGAAAAAGGAAAAGGAGGAAAAGGAGAAAAAGGAGACAACAAGUACAAAGAGAAAGGAAAAAGAAUCAACUCCAACCAAAAAAUCAACUCCAAAGAAAAAGGUUAUUGUUGAAGAGGAAGAAGAGGAAGAGGAAAAGGUUGUUGAACAAGAAGAGGUAGCUGAAGAAGAGGAAGAGGAAGAGGAAGAACAACCAGUUAAGAAACAAAAAACAAUUGCAAAGGAACCAGCAAAGAAAAAGGCUCCAGCUUCCAAAUCGACAACAACAACAACCAAAUCCAAAGGAGAUGAACAAGAUGAAAAGAAGAAAACUCCAACUAAAAAAUCAACUACUGCCACCAAGAAAAAAGAAAAAGAUGCAGCUGAAUUCGAAGAUGGUGAUGAACAAGAAACAACAUCGACAACUACCACUACCAAAGCUGCUGCCAAACCAAAGUCUGGUUCAACAAAGAAAGCAGCAGCAACCAAGAAAUCAGCAACCACAACUACAACAUCUUCACCCGAAAAGAAAGGUGUUCAAACCAACAUUACUUCAUUCUUUACAAAGAAAUAA